AUGUCCGACAACCGCCAUAAUGUUAUUGAUUUGGUUGGUAACACUCCAUUAGUGGAGUUGACUAAAUUGCCAAAAGCUCUUGGCAUCAAGCCUAAAAUCUACGCUAAGUUAGAGCUUUACAACCCAGGUGGUUCUAUCAAGGAUCGUAUCGCCAAAGCUAUGAUUGAACACGCUGAAAAAGAAGGUAUUAUUCAUCCAUCAAGAAGUACUUUAAUUGAGCCUACUUCUGGUAAUACUGGUAUUGGUUUGGCAUUAAUUGGUGCUGUUAAGGGCUACAGAACUAUUAUUACCUUACCAGAGAAGAUGUCUAACGAAAAGGUGUCUGUUUUGAGGGCACUAGGUGCUGAAAUUAUCAGAACACCAACUGCUGCUGCCUGGGAUUCUCCAGAAUCUCACAUUGGUGUUGCUAAGAAAUUAGAAAAGGAAAUCCCCGGUGGCAUCAUCUUGGACCAAUACAACAACAUGAAUAACCCUGAUGCUCAUUACCACGGUACCGCAAAAGAAAUUCACCAGCAGUUGAAUAACUUAGGUAAAUUUGGAGAUUUGAAGGCUGUUGUCGCUGGUGCUGGUACUGGUGGUACAAUUAGUGGUAUUUCUAAGUACUUAAAGGAGCAAAAUAGGAACAUCCAAAUUAUCGGAGCUGAUCCUAAGGGUUCUAUUUUGGCUCAACCUGAAUCCUUAAAUAACUCAGAUAUUGCUGAAUACAAGGUUGAAGGUAUCGGAUAUGACUUCAUUCCAAAUGUCCUAGACAGAUCGCUAGUUGACAGUUGGGUUAAGACUGAGGAUAAGAGUUCUUUCAAAUAUGCACGUCAAUUAAUUUCUAACGAAGGUGUACUUGUUGGUGGUUCUUCUGGAUCGGCUUUCGCCGCUCUUGUCGAGUACGUCAACAGUCAUCCAGGUUUGACUGAGGAAGACGUCAUUGUUGUUAUUUUCCCAGACUCCAUUAGAUCUUACUUGUCGAAAUUCGUUGAUAAUGAAUGGUUGAAGAUUAACAACUUGUGGGAUGAUGAAAUUGUUGCACCAUUGUCAAAGAAUGACAAAGAUGCAUUCAAGGGCGCAACUGUUAAGGACCUGCACUUAAAGCCCGUCGUAGCUGUUAAAGAAGAUGCCCCAGUUUCUGAAGUUGUCAAAAUCCUACGGGACAAUGGUUUCGAUCAACUUCCAGUUUUGGACAAUAAGAGCGAAAAAUUGGUCGGCAUGGUCACUUUGUCUCAACUGCUGAAGCAUUUGUCAUCAGGUAAGGAGGUACAUACUAUCAAGGGUUUGUACUUUAACUUCAGGAAGUUGAACAACUUUGAUGAGGUCUCUUCAUACAACGAAAAUAAGACUGGUAAGAAGAAGUUUGUGAAGUUCACCGUCAACUCUCAGUUGAAAGAGUUGAAUGAGUUCUUCGAAAAGUACUCGUCUGCCAUUAUUACUGACGGUCUAAAACCUAUUCACGUAGUUACUAAGGUUGACCUAUUAUCUUACUUGGCAUAA